AUGAAGCUAUCCGGCAUGUUCCGAAUCGGCUUUGUCGCAGCUAUCGUCACUGCGCUCAUCCUGCUUCCAAGCUGCAUCGCUCCCCGCGACAAAGACAAGGCGAGUACCUCGACUUCACAGCCAAGUUCCCAUUCCGAGUCUACAAAACUGCCCUGGCCCCCAACUCAUGUCAACGAGUACAUAGACUACCUCAAUGUCAAUAACAUCGAGGGAUUGAGUUUCAGCCCGUUGGACCAAGAAGCUCGUACUUUUGGCAAUGUCCCCUUUUUCUACUUAGAGAGUCCCAAGUUAAGAACUCCCUUGUACUCCAUUGACACUGCCACUGGGACGGUCGAACAGGCCCUCCGAGACCAUGGAUCUGUUGGGAUUGUCGACGCCUCCAAUAACUUGGCGAAGCUGAUCCAAUUCUCCGAUGGCCGCCUCGCACAGGGCCUGUUUCCAGAUGUUCAACCGGAGCCGAUUCAGCUCUUCAAACUUGAUCCUGCUCUGCAUCAUCUUCGGCAACUGGCCCGACAUCCAGACAACAACAUGCCUCCUCAGGCAGAAAUCGAAUACCUACCACAUUUCGAUAACAAGCCCAUCCUCUCCCAAGGCUCUGAAAAUCUCGGCCACAUGUUACAAGCCGCCGGCACCGACCCGCGCAGCUUUUACUACUUCCAAGAAGGAAUGGACCCCAUAUUGGUCGUCCCCGACGGAAACAUGCUGAUUGUCAACCCCAUUGAAGAUGAGAAGAGAAAACUUCGCGACAUUCUGAAGGGGUAUCAGACCGCCAAGAAGAAUUACGGCCAAACAGUCGCUACUAUAAUCUGGGGCAAGCCUAUCAGAGUCAGUGCUGAUCCCCAUGGCCUACGAAAGUCGUCUGUUCUACUGGAAGACUAUCCGCGGUUUAAACAUGACGCUCCGAAAAGGCAUAUGAUGACAGCACUGCAGCGCAACGGACGCUUCCGCGUAUACAAAGAGAUUGAUGGAAAGAAAUAUGGAUACAAGGUAAAGAUGAAGAAUCCUGAAGCCGUGAAUGGCGAAACCCUGCAAGUCGAAGUUAAUCCACUCACCAGCACAGAAAAUGUAAUGGAGAAAGCACUGAUUCGAUUUGGCAAGAUCAGAUUGCCUUGA